AUGGUGUGGCACGAGGCAACCGUCAGGACGCAGGCCGAGAUCACCACGGUCGAGAUCGAUGCCGACAUGAUCCGCGCGUCCAGGUGCACCAUCAAUCACUUCAGCCUCGGCGACCGGGUGAAGCUGCUCAAGGGGCCCGCGGCAGGGUCAAUCGAGACGAGGACGUACUGGACCCAAAACAGGAAAGCCCUGGAUGGGUUUUGCAAGUUCUGCAAGACUGAUCCGCGAAUCGACGUGGUUCUGCUACCCGUCUACGAUGGUCUUACGCUCAUCAAGUUGAAAUCUUCUCUUUGA